GUAUUUGAAGAACAGGAAACAAACCUUUCAACAGCGUAAAGAAACGUGAAAAUUGUCAACGCUGCCGAAACAUCAGAAUACGUAUACAUCGGCAAAUAACUGAGAUAGAAACAGCAACGAAAAGUAAUUUUCAAGUGAAGUAAUAGUGCUGCUGAGAAACAAUUUGUUUGGCUAGCCUGGGUGCGAGGCAAGGGUUGUGUUUGAAUCUCCGACGCGAGGGAGGCACCCUCCUUUUAGCUUGUGCAUGUUGAACAUUUUAUCUUUUUAACUUUUACACCUUUUGGGGAAUCUGCUUGAAGAUGGGGUGUACUCUGAGCACGGGUGAUAAGGCGGCGCAGGAGCGCAGUAAAAUAAUCGACAGGAAUUUACGGGACGACGGGGAAAAAGCAGCACGGGAAGUCAAGCUGCUUCUGCUUGGUGCUGGGGAGUCAGGGAAGAGUACCAUUGUCAAACAGAUGAAGAUCAUCCAUGAGGCGGGCUAUUCAGAGGAGGAGUGUAAGCAGUACAAGGCAGUGGUGUACAGCAACACCAUCCAGUCCAUCAUCGCCAUCAUCAGAGCCAUGGGGCGCCUCAAGAUAGACUUCGCUGAAGCAGCCAGAGCGGAUGAUGCUCGUCAGCUGUUUGUGCUGGCGGGAUCAGCAGAGGAGGGCUUCAUGACCGGUGAGCUGGCCGGAGUCAUCCAGCGCCUCUGGAAGGACGGUGGGGUCCAGGCCUGCUUCGGCCGCUCACGAGAAUACCAGCUCAAUGACUCCGCUGCCUAUUAUCUGAAUGACCUGGACAGGAUAGCCCACGGAGCGUACGUGCCCACCCAGCAAGAUGUGCUGAGGACCAGGGUGAAGACCACUGGCAUCGUGGAGACUCAUUUCACCUUCAAAGACCUCCACUUCAAAAUGUUUGACGUGGGGGGUCAGAGGUCCGAGAGGAAGAAGUGGAUACACUGCUUUGAGGGAGUCACCGCCAUCAUCUUCUGUGUGGCGCUCAGUGACUACGACCUUGUGCUGGCCGAGGAUGAGGAGAUGAACCGGAUGCAUGAGAGCAUGAAGCUAUUUGACUCCAUCUGCAACAACAAGUGGUUCACAGACACCUCCAUCAUCCUCUUCCUCAACAAGAAGGAUCUGUUUGAGGAGAAGAUCCAAAAGAGUCCUCUCACUAUCUGUUACCCGGAGUACGCAGGCUCCAACACAUACGAGGAGGCAGCAGCCUACAUCCAGUGUCAGUUUGAGGACCUGAACAAGAGGAAGGACACCAAGGAGAUCUACACCCACUUCACUUGCGCCACCGACACCAAGAAUGUGCAGUUUGUCUUCGACGCAGUCACCGAUGUCAUCAUCAAGAACAACCUGAAGGACUGUGGCCUCUUCUAGGGCAGUGUGGUGGCCAGCGUGUGUUCAGUGACCAUUGUCCUUGGGAUGUCUGUGGCUGGAGGGGGUUGGAUCAUGGACACUUUGUAGAGAACUUCACUUUUAACCUCUUAACUUUAAACUCAGUUUUUAAAAUGCCAUGUAGAAAAAUGUUUGUGUAAAAUAUUUGUACAACUGUCACUAUGGUUGGAGAUUUUCACUGUUUUUAAGAUGUUUUUGUUUUAACCAGUCAAGUUAUUUAAAGGAUGGAGGGGGGACUUUUCAUUUAUUUCUUCUAGGAAAGGAAUGGACAUUUUUCUGUUAGGUACCUGUGCCUUUGCAUGCCUUAGUUCCAGUGUUUUGUUUUUUGGGCUAGAUGGUAGAUGUUUGUUGGGGGGGGUAUUCAAUUAGAACAUCUCAAUAUUUUGUUUCUGUGACUGAUGGCUUCUGAGAAUUAGUGUCCAUGGAAAUAAUGAAAUAGACCAAUUUUAAGACCAACUUGCUCUUGAUAGACCAAUUCACACUGACACUGUGAGCGCUGUGUGUCUGUGCGCAUGACUGUGUGAGUGCCUUUGCUGCAUCACUGUUUGCUUGUGUGAGUGCGUGCAGCUGUGUGACUUAGUGUGCAUGAAUGUGUGUGGACAUACAGAAUCAGUGAAGUUUUGACACCUACUCAUUCAAGGUAUUUCAUUUUUACUAUAUUCUACAUUGUAGCAUAAUAGUGAAGACAUCAAAACUAUGAAAUAACAGAUAUGGAAUCAUGUAACUAAAUGUGAAUCAAUCUAUUUAAAAUGUUUGUUUCUUUGAAGUAGCUACCCUUUGCCUUGACAGCUUUGCACACUCUUGGCAUUCUUUCAACUUGGUUCACCUGGCAUGCUUUUCCAACAGUCAUGAAGGAGUUCCCACAUGCUGAGCACUUGUUGGCUGCUUUCAUUCACUCUGCGGUCCAACUCAUCCCAAACCAUCUCAUUUGGGUUGAGGUCAAGUGAUUGUGGAGGCCAGAUUAUCUGAUACAUCAUUUGCCUUGGUUAAAAAUCCCUUUCCCUAGGUGUGUUGAGUCAUUGUCCUGUUGAAAAACAAAUGAUAGUACCACGAAGUGCAAACCAGAGGGGAUUGUGUAUUGCUGUGAUAGCCAAGUGUACCCUGAAUGAUAAAUCACGAAAGUGUCACCAGCAAAGUCCUAUCACACCACCACCUCAAUGCUUCAUGGUAGGAACCACGCAUGCAGAGAUCAUCCGUUCACCAACUCUGCAUCUCACGAAGACAUGGUGAUUGGAAAGCAAAAAUCUCAAAUUUGAACUCUACCGGUCUAAUGCUCAUGUUUUUGGACCAAGCAAGUCUUAUUGGUGUCAUUUUUAGUAGUAGUAUAACAGUUGAUGUCUGUUACUUGAACUCUGAAGCAUUUAUUUGAGCUGCAAUUUCUGAGGCUGGUAACUGAGUUUUCCUUUCCUGUUGCGGUCCUCAUGAGAGCCAGUUUCAUCACAGUGCUUGAUGGUUUUUGCGACUGCACUUGAAGAAACAUUCAAAGUUCUUAAUUUUCUGCAUUGACUGACCAUGUAUGCCGUAAAAUAUUGAACCGUCGUUUCUAUUUGCUUAUUUGAGCUAUUCUUGCCAUAAUAUGGACUUGGUCGGACUAUCUUCUGUAUACCAACCCUAGUCACAACACAACUGAUUUGCUCCAACGCGUUAAGGAAAGAAAUUCCACAAAUCUACUUCUAACAAGGCACACCUGUUAAUUAAAAUGCAUUCCAGUUGACUACCUCAAGCUGGUUGAGAGAAUGCCAAGAGUGCAAAACUGUCAAGGCAAAGGGUGGCUGCUUUGAAGAAUCUAACUUUUUUUCAUUACAACAUGAUUCCAUGUGUUAUUUCAUAGUUUUGAUGUAUUCACUAUUAUUCUACAGUGUAGGAAAUAGUAAAAAUAAACCCUUGAAUUAAUAGGUAUCAACUUUUGACUUGUACUGUAAGUACAAAGGGACUUUCUUACUUUUACUUGUCAUCCUCUGUCUGGUUUCUGGAAAAGUGACCAAAAAGGCAACUUAAAAAUGUAAUUUGACGUCACAUCGUUGAGGUGAUGUUGCGGGCGGUAACAUUCCUACACCAAAUCAUUUUAAAGAAACUUUGAAAAGAGGAUGACAACUAUAGCAUUGUAGCAGACAGGAUCAUAGAUAUAAAGUGCAAAGGGAGGUGGAUGGGUGGGAGUGCACUGUUAUGAUGACGAAGACGAUAUGAUUCGUAAUGGUUACAUAUCUGACCCCACCCCUUGGUUUCCAUUGGAUGGGGACGUUAGUGAACUAAUUUCCAUAAUUUUGCUAAUAAAUAGUUGCUGUGGUGAAACCACAGCAUCCUUCACAA